AUGGAGGGUUCCGAUGCACCCAAGGCUCGACGGCCGCUCCCAACGCCCGGGGUUGGGAAUGGAACACAGCAGAGACCCAGCACACCCGUCCAAGCAGCGGCCCAACGACCUAUAUCUCCUUCCCAAUUCUACGGCACCAGCAAACCACCGUUACCGACCCGUCCCAAAAAUCCUGGUUCCACCCAUACCACACAGCAGAGACCCAGCACACCCGUCCAAGCAGCGGCCCAACGACCUAUAUCUCCUUCCCAAUUCUACGGCACCAGCAAACCACCGUUACCGACCCGUCCCAAAAAUCCUGGUUCCACCCAUACCGCUUACGUCGCCCCAGCAGUCUCGGAUCCACCGCGGUAUGGCUCGCCAUCCUCCGCACCGCCAGGCUAUCGAGAGCCCGAGUUGAUCGUCGAAGAACCAGAGGUGGAGGACGACACGCUACCAGACCUUAUACCCGGCAACGAUUAUGAUUGGAACAAAAGCACAACCAACACUGCAGCUUCGGCUUACGGCAAUGGGUGGGGCACUGAACAACCGCCCGGGGAGGCUUGGAGUGAGAUCUCGAGUUGGAACCAAUCCUGGGACCAGACAGGGAGUGCGACCGGCGGCCUUUAUUCCAUGGAUCAGUUCAACACACGACGCGAUAACGAGGUUGCGAUUGACGGCCGUAGCGAGCUGGAAGAAUCCAGGUGGUGGAAUGAGGAUGAGCGCGUCAGGAAUGGCCGUCCAGGCACUGGCAUGUUGGCACCCGUCGUGGCGGAGAACAUGCACGACCCUCUCCAUUCAUUAUUCUCCGUUAACAUUGCUGCGAUCCCACCAGCCCCGGCGACGGCCCCAUUGCCUACCAGUUCGUUCCCUGCGUCUACACCCACUCCAUCUGAGUCCCCGUCUUCAUCACAAGCUGCUGCCAAUCACGUCUUUCCGACUGAAGAAGAAGUUCGAGCAGCAGUUCCUCAUCCCAACGCUUACUACUGUCCAAAGGAUAAUGGAUGGGUUCUUCUCAUUUGGAAAUCCUCGAGCGUUGCCCCACCAGUAACGAGCAGUUUCGCGGACAGCCUUCCCAAUCAAGACCGCCGCAAACGGAUUCAAUCCUGCGUUUCCGACGCAGAACAAUCCUCGACGUCACCCAACAAAACUCACCACUUCCAUCGAUAUAUCAAGGCCGUCGAUUCAUUGAAACUCACAACUCCUUACCGCGAAGAUCCAUGGCGGGUCGAAGAUGUUAUGAAACAGAAGAGGAGAGGCCAAACAGUCGUCGAAGAUGUGCACAAACUCAAGGACGGGCUCGACGAAAAGGUCGAGCAGGAGCCCGAAGGCAAACUAUUGGAUCUCUACGUUUGCUGCCAAUGCCAACUCUAUUGUGUGGUGUCGGAAGUCAUCCCCGGAGUUGUUCCUCGAAAACACUUGGAAGAGUUUGUUCGAGAUAAACGCAACAAUCCCGCUCCUGGAAAGAGCGGAGAGGUGUCUGUCUCCACAGGCAUGGAGACGUUACUGCUUGCCAUCGAAAACAAGAUUUUCAAAGGCAACCAUCGUUUGAUCAAGAUUCAGAGUACAGGGUUUAAGACGAAGUUGGGCUGGAGCCCCAACAUCAAACGCAUUUUCGAAUAUCUGGGUUUCGUGGAGAACACCGCCAACAAUGAUGCUACACUCAUGUCGCCGAACACUGAAAUCGCUCUCAAUCGGAAGAAGCUCUUAAGAGCUUGGAUCGAACUCAAUGCUUGGUUAGUGGAUUACAGAAAACAAAACAGUUCUGCCUUCCGCGAUCCAAUCUACAGUGAAAAGAAGGUUUGGGUCCAGAUUGAUAAUGCGAGGGAGAUGUAUCAGAGGGGCAUUGGUGCCCAUCCUGACCAGAUUCAACGGGGCGUACUUACUCCGACCGCGUUGACGUCUCUUCGCAACCUCGACGAUGCUUGGAGAGGCCUUGGCCUUACUCCUACGACCUUUUCUGCUGACCUCCUCGCAUUCGCCUACCUCGCACAAUGCCGCUGUGACCCCGCCAAGACUCCUCGUUACUUCACUUGGUUCUGUGACAUCGUGAAGGCCCUGGAAACUUCCGGAGAAAGCAGCGCUCAGUUACAAGAGCUCAUGGCCAUGGAGCAAUCUCGCAACCGAUUCACCGAGAUGGACAUCCACCUUGCUGCCCAGAACCUUGGGUUUGGACCUGAAGGCCAUCUGCGAGUCGAUUAUGACGACGACGUUGAUGAAGAUUUCGUGGAAAAUGCCUGGAAGGAUGCUGUUAAGCGGGCAUACAGGGACCCCGUCAAUGGUUCUGAAAUGCAAAGGACGGCAGACGAGUCUCUGCGAAUCUUAGCGGAAGCGAGGGGAAGCAACCGGUUGAGGCAGCUUUGGGAAAACAAGAAGAAUAGCAUGAGUCCUGAGAGGGCUUAUGAUACGCUGGAAGUCCCGGCUGACGUGGAUGAUGCCAUGCUCAUCAUGGUCUUCAAUAUGCGGUGCGAGGAAUCGACGUCGCAAAUGGACAAGAUGCGGGAAGCGUUGACUGUCAUUGCUGAAGUUCGGGAUAGCGAACGGUUACGCCAGUUCCUUCUAACCAACCAAGAUCCGGGUGACAUCACUCUACCGACACGUCCGGAUUUCCCUCGAGGUCUCAAUCAGCUUGGAAAUACCUGCUAUCUGAACUCCCUACUCCAGUAUUUCUACACCAUCAAAGAGCUUCGGGAUGCUGUUAUGCCCAUGUCCACGCUUGAUAUCAAGGCGAUUGAAGAGGAGAAGUUUUCCGAAGAGGAUAUCAACAAGCAUCGAGUUGGAGGUCGUCGUGUUAGUCGACGCGAGAUUAUCCGUUCACGAAAAUUCAUCCACCAACUUGCCAACCUCUUCUUCUACAUGCAAUCCUCCUCCGACUCGGCGGUAACCCCAAGCCUGGACCUAGCUAAACUAGCGCUCGUCACGUCUCGAGACGAGGAAGAAGAAGACGAAGCAGAGAAGGGUGGGUCCGACUCCUCUCACGACUCCGAUGCGACUCUGGUUGAUGGAGAGCCAUCUCACGGUGCCCCAGUAAACGCGGACAACAGUGAUGUCGCCGAGAAGAACUCAGUGUUGGGCAAGCGGAGUAGGGAGUUGGAUGCAAAUAGGCAGGGCAGUGUGAUGGAUGUGGAUGCGCAGGAUGUGGACGGGUUUGUGAUGGUUGCGUCCCCGAGGAAGGGGGGUUCGCCUUCGCCGAUGGAACAGGACACACCACCACAGGCGGGUUCGCCGUCGAAGGACAAAGACGGGGAUGUUUCUAUGAAGCCUGUACCUGCGAGGAAGAGGGCAGACACAUAUGAUGGCGGAAUGAUGUUUGGCAGACAACACGACGUUGCGGAGUGCAUGGAUAACUGCAUGUUCCAGAUCGAGACUGCGCUGUUGAAGUUUGGUUCAAAGACCGAGGCAGAUUCGAGUAUCAUCAAGAGGCUAUUCUUUGGCAAGAUCCGCCAACGGUUAACCUCUGCCAACUUGACCUCCCGUGCAUCACUACACGAAAAGGAAGAUCUCUUUUCACAUCUUCCCGUUAAUGUCACCAACGACGGCGUCGAUAUCUAUGACGGUUUGAGCGGUUACUUUGACGAUGUCGUGGAGUAUCAGGGUGGAAAGGCCAGGAUGGAAGUCUCUUUGGUUGAUGUCCCUCUACUUCUCCAGAUCCAACUUCAACGAGUGCAAUUCAACAGGGAAACACUGCAGCCCUACAAGUCCCAGGCAUAUGUCAAGUUCGGUGAAACGAUCUAUCUAGACCGAUUCAUGGAUAGUGCCGACCCUCGCAAGAAGCUCAGGUCUAGGACCAUUCAACGCGAACUGAAUUCCUGUCGGGAGAGGAUACAGGUCUUGCUCGAGGGAAAGAACGGAUCCUUUGCCUCAGCAUUGGACCGAGCCUCUGGCUAUCUUGGUUCUCUCCAACAAACCGUCCCUGGAAUCGAAGACCACCUCGUCAGUGAAUUGCAACGGGAGAAGCGUCAUGUCGAGAUGGAGAUCGACAAUCUCCGAGUCCGCGUGGAUCAACUGAAAGAGGAGUUGGAGACACUUUGGGGGAACAGCAAAGAGUUCCCAUAUGAGCUCACGUCCGUCUUCAUCCAUCGUGGAAGUUCACCGUCAUUUGGCCAUUACUUCUUCUAUUCUCGACAUCUCCCUCAAGAACCCGACUCUUGGUUCAAGUACAAUGACUCGGACGUUAGUGUUGUUUCCAAGGAUGAGGUCCUUCAGGAUACUACCGGUUCGACUGCAAACCCGUACCUUCUUGUAUUCGCUCGUAAAGGCUCCAACGUUGUUGAAACCGUCAAUCGCUUCGAUCCUACGCAGCUCCUUUCAUGA